AUGGCUUCCAAGUCGAUACGAUCGGUGGACAUCAUCACCACCAGCAACCCGGUCGCGGCAGCCACUGCUAGGGCCACCACCAUCGGGGAGUUGAUCUCCACCAUCCCUCAAUCCUGGCGCCCCACGCUUGCACCCUACCUACAGACUACUUACCGAGUCGCAAGCAAGCUGUGCACAGUAAGCAACACUGUUGCACAGUACGAGCGUCAUGAGUCGACGGGUUCCUUCCCUCCCUUCAUCACCAAUGCACUCAAGGAACCCAAAGUCCAGUUCUCGAAAGAAUUCCUCGGAACGGCCGGAGGAACGUCCGCUGGACAAAACCUCCGGACCGCCGUGGAAAAGGCUCGCAAGGAUCUCCUCGCCAAAGCGAUCGCCUACAAAAAAGAGGAACUCUCAACACUCCAAGCUGCCAUCACUUUUGACACUCAAGAGUGGAAAUCACUCAUGAGGGGAGCAAUGGAGAGAGUGGCAGAGACCAUGGGCUGCUCGAUUGAGUGGCCUGAGGGCAAGCCUCCCAUCUGGACUGGGAAAGCUGGCCUCAAAGAACUCCAAGAAGAAUCUACGAGUUUGCUCACUAAUGGAUCUACAAUCCAUUAUCGUGCUGUCGCUCUCGCUAGAUCCUUGGCUGACAAAUCUCUUAUUGAGAAGACAAAGAACUUGUCGCUCAAAAAGAGUACUGAUGUCGAAAUGCGUGACGCCGACACCGAGAAGACCACUCGAGAAGUCGUACGUGACGAACUGAAGCAAGAAUUCGCGCAGUUCAAACAGCAGAUUGCUGGAAUGAUUGCUGUAAGACCCAGUUCCAAGCCUUUCAAGGCCUGGAAAACUGUUCAAGACUACCUUGCCCAGCAUGAGCUACUAGCCAAGCUGACGGACAAGAACCUUGGCCUAGCGGUUAUGCCACUACAUUGGUACGACUCACAAAUUUUACAGAUGCUAUCUGAUGUCAGCACUUAUGAACAAGUCACAUCAAUACCCACAUCUGAGCUCGUCAAAGAAAUGAUCAGCCUCCUACCCUCCUGGAGACUUCCAAACCAAUUGGACAAGUACAUUCGAACACCCAAGAAGCUGGUGCUCCCUGAGUUCCAUUGUAUACCCAAGGUACACAAGGAACCAUGGGCGCUCCGACCCAUUGUACCUUCACAUUCAUGGGUCACAACAUCAGUGUCCGAAGUACUAGAUCAUCUUCUUCAGCCCCUCCUCGAGCGCUUCCCCUGGGUUGUUGCAUCUUCCAAAGAUGUCAUCCUACAAAUCGAGAAGGUGCGAACUACAAAUACAAAGCCUGUGGUGAUUGCAACUGGAGACGUGACCUCCUUUUACACAAACAUCCCACCCAAGGACUGCGCGAAAGUCAUCGCCGGUGCCUGGAAACUUUAUAUGAGUAGCUCGACCAUCCCAGCGUCUGCCAUCCGCAAAAUGGUAGAUUUUGUCAUGGUCAACAACUACUUUGGAUACCGUGGCACAACGUUCAGGCAGAAGAUGGGCCUAGCCAUGGGCACGUCGUGCGCCCCAGUGCUGGCCAACAUUUACGCUGCCUACUUCGAACGAAAAGCCAGGAUUGUCAAUCAAGAUGGAGUGUUACUCUAUGUUCGAUACAUUGACGACAUCCUCUGCAUAUUGCAGGGUACCAAAGAAGAACAAUCGGACUUUGUCGACAGGUUCCGCCUAGGAAACCUUACAGUCCGGUGGGACAGUUCACCGGUCCGGAAUGAGUUCCUCGACAUUGAGUUGCUGCGAAUUCCUCAUGAGAAUCAUCUCAGAGUCUGCCACACCAGACUCUUCCGAAAACCCAUGAACCGUUUUCUCUACAUUCCCUGGUCUUCAGCUCACCCCUUGCAUGUCAAGAAAGGCUUUGUCAAAGCCGAGCUCACAAGAUUUGCCAUUCUUUGCUCUAGAUACGAGUUCUUUGCAGAAGCCCGUAUGGAAUUUUAUGGCAAUCUCCGCCGGAGGGGAUAUCCGGUGGAGACACUGAGACAAUGGUUCCUACAGAUUCAAUAUGACGACAGAGCCCGUAUCCUUCUUCCCAAACAGAAGAUAGAUAACGGCGCACCACUCAUGUUGUCAGGCCAUUACAACCCAGUGUGGGAUUAUGUAGAUGUCAAGGAGGUGCUAGAUGCAGCAAGAUCGCUGUGGACAAAGGAAGAGCUGCCGGAGUCCCUCAAACAGCCGCUGAUUCGAAGCCUCGGUCGAACAACAAGCCUCUUCGACUUGUUAUCGACCUGGAACAAGACACUUUUGCUCCUUCCUUCGGAAGAGGGGCCAAGUUAG